CUGCUCGUGUCGCUACACUAACCGCUGACGUCAUAUUGAGUGGCCGGAUAUCGAGCUGUCCGCUGAGGAGAAUGGCUGCGCUGCUGAAGAAGACGACGGGCCUGGUCGGCCUGGCAGUGUGCCACACUCCACAUGAGCGUCUGAGGAUUCUGUACUCCAAGAUCCUGACAUUGGUGCAGACCAUGCCGCAGGACGCAGCCUACAGGAAGUACACAGAGCAGCUGGUCAACGAGAGGUUCAGUCACGUCACAACGGAGCCUGAUGUGGAGAAGCUGGAGCAGAAGAUAAACUGUGGGCAGAUUGAAGAAGUCAUUUUCCAGGCGGAGUGUGAGCUGGCUCUGUCCAGGAAGAUGUCAGAGUGGAAACCAUGGGAGCCGCUGGUGGAGGAACCUCCACCCAACCAAUGGAAGUGGCCCAUCUGAAUGCACCUGUCUAUACUGUCAUACUCUGCUUCUAAUGAAGUGCUGUACAAAUAUUAAAGUCCUGCAGAUAUUUCCCCA